UCUGCAAAUUUAUCAGUGCAACUUUUUCAUUUGUGUCUCACCCAUUAUUAUGUGAAAUUCUACCAACUGAUUAAAAAAAAAAUAUCACGAAUGUUGUUUAAUCUCAGUGCCGACAAAUAAGCCCAGGAGGAAGCGCAAUUGGAAUGGAACGCGUCCUAGCGAGAUUUCACUGAGUUUAGAUGAGUGAAUGCCACGUCUGACCAGCAGCAUCGACGUAGACAGGAAUAUUAGCUCCUUUGCACUCAGGAUAGAGUUAACCAGUUGCCCAUCAGGUCGAAGUAUCUAGCACUAUCUGGGAAUAACAUGGGCUGUAUACGUCUACUAGCACUGACACUGGCCACAUCUGCAGUACUGCUGUCGGCAUCUCAUUUAGCUACAGCUCACAGCCAUUCCCAUGGUGACCAUGGCCACGCCCACUCCCAUGGCCACCAUCACCAUGGCCACUCCCAUGGAGACGAUGAUCACCACGGCCACUCACACGGGUCUCAGGCGAAGAUGUUCCAUGGAGCCAGCAAGUGGAGCGCUGAGGCCAACCUUCCUCCACAUGAUGAGGAGCAUCACGUGCAUGCACACGAUCACGGACAUGCACACUCCCAUGAUCACGGACACGCACACUCUCACGGGCAUGCACACUCUCAUGAUCAUGGUCAUGGGCACGCUCAUCAUGAAGAUGUUGUUCGAGUAGAGAAGGAGGAGCGCGGGCAUGGACACACACAUGGAGCAGAGAGUGUAAAGAAGGGGGCAGAUGGAGAGAAGAGGGACUUGGUGGAGCUCUGGACACAGGCUGUCGGAGCCACACUGCUGAUCAGUGCAGCUCCUUUUUUCAUCCUGUUCCUCAUCCCAGUUCAGUCCAACAGCGACCAGCACCAGAAGCUGCUCAAGGUGCUGCUUAGCUUCGCCUCUGGUGGACUGCUGGGUGACGCCUUCCUCCACCUCAUACCACAUGCUCUAGAGCCCCACUCCCACCAUGGACAUGAAGAACAUGGACACUCCCAUGCUAGUGAAGACUCCCAUGACCAUGGUCACUCACACGGAGCUGCCCACGGUCACAUGAUGUCAGUGGGCCUGUGGGUUCUCGGUGGGAUCAUCGCUUUCCUUGUUGUAGAAAAGUUUGUGCGUUUGCUGAAGGGAGGACACGGCCAUGGACAUUCCCACGGCCACUCACAUGGUGCUCCAAAGGAAAAAGACAGUGAUGGAGAGGAGGAAAAAGAGGAGAAAGAAAACAAAGAAGUGAAGGAACCAAAGAAAGGAGAGAAGAAGAACACUGACAUCAAGGUGUCAGGUUACCUGAAUCUGGCGGCCGACUUCACACAUAACUUCACCGAUGGCCUGGCAAUCGGAGCGUCAUUCCUGGUCAGUCCAGCAGUGGGCGCUGUUACCACCCUCACCAUCCUUCUGCAUGAGGUCCCGCAUGAGAUUGGAGACUUUGCCAUCCUUGUACAGUCUGGCUGCACCAAGAGGAAGGCCAUGUGUCUGCAGCUGCUGACAGCUGUGGGAGCUCUGGCCGGUACAGCCUGCUCCCUAAUGGCUGAAGGUGUGGGCGCCGCGGCAACCGCCUGGAUCUUGCCCUUCACGGCUGGAGGGUUCGUUUACAUCGCUACGGUGACGGUGCUCCCUGAGCUACUGGCGGGCCGCUCCAGUUUCGGCCAGUCUCUAAUGGAGAUUCUGGCUUUGCUGUUCGGAGUCGGCAUGAUGGUGCUGAUCGCAGAGUACGAGUGAGGCGCUGCAGAAGGGGCAGAAACUUACCGCAGCUUCAGCAAACAAACACUCAGAGGAAAAAGACAGCUUAGGUAGAGCUCAGGUGGAUUAUUGUUUGUGCCAGUGGUGUGUUUUCAUGUUUUUUUUUUUUUUUUUUGUUUGUUUUUGUUUUUUAUAUUAAAUGGUAUUUUUGGAAAACCACCACCAGUUCAUGAAAAAUGGCUGAAUUUGUUGCUGUUCUUUUUUGUUUUUAGAAGCUCAUUGGAACGUCCAGAUUCUUCUUGCUAUUUCUUUUUAAGGGAAGUGUCGGCAUUUUUUCAAUGAGGAGGCUGAGAAAGAAACAAACAGAAAAAGUGUGAGAGCCCCAAAAUUAACUCAUUACUCUCACUUUAAAGACCCUCCAACUGUUGUCUGACUGCAGCUAAAAACUGACAACUUGUUCUCAUUUAUAAGUGCUUAAAUUAAAUAAAAUUUCCAGCCAUAACACCAAUUUUCUCUUUAUCCAAGGGGCCGGUCCUCAGAGCUACAGUAGAGAGAAGCAGAAAGAGCGAUGGUCUUUUUAAAAUGAGCUGUCCUGUUUUCAGUUUAACAUCUUUUUUUCCGUUUGAGGAUACUGAAUGUCACUUUUUUCUUUACAUUCCACUUACAACUAAAUCUCCCUUCUGUAAUUGUUGAUAAUGGCUUCAGGUUUUAUUUUCAUCUGAUUAAAAUCUCACUGAAUCAUUGUUUGUACAAAGUGGAACAUUCCUGCUUCGAUUGUUGUUUCCCUGAGAUAAAGAAUGAUGAAAACUCCUGCAGCUGUGCAGAAUGUCCGCAAUAAAUGCUCAUCAUUUUCUAAGUGA